AUGGUGAGGACAGCCUCCAGAAAUGUUGGGAAGUACACAUCGACCCACAAAUCACGAAAGAGGAAUAUUCACCGGCCCCGGCCGCGGCCCACCAGGACCAUCGUGACCCGCAGCCAGUGCCUCACCGUCGGCUGCUUCUUCCACAGGCUCCCGUCAGAGGUGUACCACAUGAUCCUGGAUAAAAUGUCUGUGCUGGAGAUCAGUAUUUUCAGCAUGGUGUCCAAGGAAAUCACUCGAUCUGUUGUGGAGUACAUCUCCACCCUGGCCUGGAAGAAUAAAACCAUCAUUCAAAGCUUUCACCUCUCAAGUUGCCCUGAACAGAGAUCCACUAUUGGACACUACAGAGACCUGGGUUUGUUGUUUAAGAGAUCUACCCUGUUGCAACCAACAAAGGAAAGGUUAAAGUUUAUCUUUAGCGAGUUUUCACAGGUUCCCUGCUUCCGGUUGGAGCAGUGCUUGAAACCAGGCUGCGUUGGCUUCCUCAGCUACGGAGUCUUCCUCCAGACACUGAUCGCAGGGUGGGAUGAGCUGGAGUGCCACAGAGUGUUCAACUUUGUGUGUGACCUCACAAAUCUACUGCAAAAAAUUGAGAUAGUCGUCACUGGAAAGCCAGGUGUGAGGUGGUACCAGAAGCUGCAGCUCCGUCUCUUCUGCCGUCAGGUUCUGUUGGACCCGUGGUCCAACCAGAUGGACACUCAGUUCUGGCUGAUGCAGCUCCUGAAGCCGUGGCCCCUGGUCAGCCAGGCCCACCUGCUGUUAACCCUCUAUGGCCCUCUGCUGCCUGAGAGCACCCUGGGGUGGCAGGAUCUGGUGGAGAGGGGUCUGCCUCACAGCGCUCUGUGGGACCUGGCCAGAGCCAUCCUGCUGCUUUUCAGCAAACUAGAAGUGAAAGGCCAGAACACCAACUCACUGGUGGCAAUAUUCAAGGAGCUCAUUGUCAUUCCUCAGCCGUGGCAUGUGGAGAACGUGGCGCGUCUGUUGGUGCUGUGUGGCAGCAGUCUCUGCUACACUGUACUAGCCAGCAAGGCGAUCAAUGGACGACUUCUCGAGAUCUCCAGACUCAUCGUGUACAUCAUACUGGUGUGUGAGAAGGAUGGCUAUCACAUGUCCUGGGCGGUGAAAAUGGUGCAGAACCUCUGCAAGGUCUUCAGCACGCCUCCGGAAAGGUUCGGCUUCAUUCAACAACUGGAGAACAUGUUUUCAGAUGUCACCAGGGAGUUCUUCGAGUUUUCUAUUACAGGAAACCAACCCGAGGAUAGGGAGACUUUCCAGAGCCUGUGCAUCCUCCUGGACUCCAGCGCUCGCUUCCACACUAAAUUCCUCCACAUGAUCCUAAAGUGA